AUGCCACACGGCUUCGACAAAAUUCUUCACCAUGAUCCAGACCCACAAUCACCAUCGCCUCCUCCGCCACCCAGACGACCAUCCACCCAAUCCCGAUACCAUCUCCACAUCCGACAACAGCCCAUCGCAGCACGAGCCUGCGGCGCAGGUGACAGAGACCGCCGACCCGUUGACCCUCCCCCAAUCGUGCAGAUUCUCCUUGCCGACUUUGACUCCAAUUCCCAAGAAGACCGGGAUCUCCUCCAAGACCCCCGCUUCACCGUGGGAUGUCUACUGUUCCCCGUCUCGCCCUCUCUACCAUGGGCCGAACCAACAGAAACACAUCCCCGCGAGCGCAAGCGCGAUCAUGACCGAGAUCAAGACCGGGACCAGAAUCCUGAUCUAGAACGAGAACGAGCAAGAGAAAGUGAACGUGAAACAGAUGGCAUCGCCCGCACAGAUGACAACUUCUCAACGCCAUUACUAUCCGGCAAAGCCUUCAUGUCCCCCUUCUAUGUCGACGCAGAUCCGGAUCCUAAUUCCGCUCCCGCACAUCCAUCUUCCAUGAUCGAUCCUCAUCCCGAAACCUCCCCUCACAACGUCUACAACCACGCCGCCUCGCGUCUUCACCAACCAGCUACCUUUUUCAUCUUUGCGGAUCUCUCGAUUCGCUCGGCGGGCCUUUACAGGCUGCAGUUCCGAUUGAUGAAUUGGGGUUCUGUUGAGGAUACGGGGCAGUCAAUGCCAAUUCUUGCGGAGGCGUGGUCUAAUCCGUUCCAUGUGUAUCCUGCAAAGGAUUUUCCUGGGAUGAGGGAUUCGUCGAUUCUUGCAGAGGGGUUGAAGGAGCUUGGGUUUGUGGAGUUGAAGACGAGGGGCCAUGGGAAGGGGAAAGGGAAGAAGAGGCGGUGA